AUGGCUCCUAAGGUCCGUGCUGCUGCUCAAGAGGUUUCCCUCGGCCCCAACGUUGGUGAGGGCGAGCUCGUCUUCGGCGUUGCUCACAAGUACGACAGACAUACUCAUACUCUUGUCACCAUCUUGGCAUUACCCACCAACAGCAUCUUCGCCUCGUUCAACGACACCUUCGUCCACGUCACCGAUAUGUCGGGCAAGGAAACCGUCACCCGCGUUACUGGUGGUAUGAAGGUCAAGGCCGACCGUGACGAGUCGUCGCCCUACGCUGCUAUGCUUGCCGCUCAGGACUGCGCCGUCCGAUGCAAGGAGGUCGGCAUCACCGCUCUCCACAUCAAGCUGCGUGCCACUGGUGGUACCGGCACCAAGACCCCCGGCCCCGGUGCCCAGGCCGCCCUCCGUGCGCUCGCCCGUGCCGGCAUGCGCAUUGGCCGCAUUGAGGACGUCACCCCCGUCCCCACCGACUCGACCCGCAGAAAGGGUGGUCGCCGUGGUCGUCGUCUCUGA